AUGGAAUUGAUUAAGGGAAAAGAGAUGUUUGAAGUGAUAAAUGAAUUAGGACAUUAUAGUGAGAGUGAUGCUAAGGAGUUAUUUAAGUAGUUAUUAAGUGCAAUAGAGUACAUGCAUAGAAAUGGUAUAUGCCAUAGAGAUUUGAAACCCAAUAAUAUAUUAUGCGUUGAAAGUAUUUAUAUAAAUUCAAUAGAUAAAAAUUAGAUCAAAGUAACUGACUUUAAUGUAAGUAAAUUUAGUGAUGCUUAUAAAGAAUUCGGAGAUCUUAAGGAUAGAGAGAAAAUUGAAAUGUGGACUUAUACUGGCACUGUAGCAUUUUCAGCUCCAGAAAUAUUUUCAGGAGAAGGUUAUAAGUAAAUGUAAUAUUAUAUAAAAAAGUUAAAUGGUUGAUAUGUGGAGUGCAGGUUGUAUUUUAUAUUCUAUGUUAUCGGGACAAUUACCAUUUAUCUCUGAUUAGUAUGAUAUACAAUCAAAUAUUAUAGUUUAAAUGAUUUGAUUGAAAAAAUCAAAGAAGCAGCUCUUGAAUUUCCAAAUGAGUUAUUUGAAUAAGUUUCAGAAGAAGCCAAAGAUUUAUUAAUAUAACUAUUGUAAAAAGAUUGGACAUUUAGACCUCAUCCUGAUGCUGCUCUUAAACAUUCAUGGUUUUAAAUUAUAGAGGAUGAUUAAGUCAGAAAAAAAUCACUUAGAAAAUUAGCUAUCAGAAAAAAUAUGCCAAGAUUAUCAUCUAAAUAUUCUAAAAAUAGUCAUAAAUAACGAAAUAUCCUUUUGGGAUCUUCAUCAACUAUUAUAAUUAAAAAUAAUUGUUCUUUCGAUUCUAAAAGUGAUAUUUAAUAAACAGAUUUAGCUAAUAGCUUUUAAAAAAUUCCAAUAAAAAAAAGCAUUUUCUUCUCAAAUACUCUAGGUGAUACUUUAGAUAUUAAUUAAAACUCCUCUCUAGAUUAAGAGUAGUCUCCAUCUAUGGUUGAUUAACCAAAUUCAUCUAAAUUAAGUGAAGACAUAGGAGAUUUUGAUUAAAAUGUUCUUGGUCGAUUUAUUAAUUUUAAAAAGUAAUAUAAUGUUGAUGAUGAAGUUUAAGAAUGA